AUGGAAAAGAAGUCAGACCAAGACGCAACUCCACACCCAGCAGUCAUGAAGAGCGUUCUUAUUAUUACGCUGGUAGCAUUAGCGACUGGCAACAAGCUCCCACAACAAAGACAGUUUGAUAGCACUGUCAGGUUAGCUGAUCCCGGAUAUUUCGGUCAGGGUUUCGCCGAAGAUUCCUUCCGCGAUAACGAAGGUCGAUUCCAGAGUAAUUCCUUCACGUCCGAUAGUUAUGAGAACAGAGACGAAGCCCAAUUCGGAUCAAGUAAUUUCGGACGAUCCGAACUCUUUGAUAAGGAUAGUCAAUUCCAAAGGGUAACUGGGACUGCCCGCCGACAGUUCCAGGAUGAAUCGCUACAGCAAAACCAGAAGAAUUCCUUUGUUUCAACUACCGGCAGUGAGCGAGAUUACGAACGACAGAGUCAAACGGCUAAAAUAACUUCUGACAGUCAAAUUGUGUCAACUAGAGGACAGACUUUUGGAAAUCGAUUUGAGUCUGCAAGGCAACAAACUGGUUCCCUUGAGAAUACCAACACAAAUCAAAGAAACUUGGAAUCAGUUUCCCCUGUAAACAAUAACUUCCAAAACUUUGGUAAUGUAUACUCAAACUCAAACAACCGUCAAAGUUCAUUUACUCGCUUCACCCAACAGAAUUCUAACGGUCAAGAUAAUCUUAAAAAGGUUUUCCAACCACAGUUUGAUCAAGAAACUUCGAACUACCAAUCCCAGACUAAUUUCAACCAAAAGAAUUCCGGCAACUUAUUCCAGUCCAACAGCAACCAGGAUUCCUCGAACAAUCAAUUUCAACCCAACCAAGAGAAUUACAAUCAAUUCCAAUCUAAUUUCAACCAAAACCUUCCUACUGGCCAAUUCCAACCUAAAUUCAACCAAGAGUCUUCCAACAACCAAUUCCAGCCUAGAUUCAGCCAAGACGUGUCCAGCAAUCAAUUCCAGCCUGAAUUCAACCAGGGACUUUCCAACAACCGAUUCCAACCUAAUUUCAACCGACAGAUUUCUGCCAAUCCAUUCCAGGAAGAAUUCAACCAAGAGCUUUCCAACAGCCAAUUCCAAACCAAGUUCAACCAGGAUGAUUCUAAUCAGCAAUUCCAGUCAAAUUUCAACCAAGGAAGUUCAGAUAGCCAAUUCCAGUCUAACUAUAAUGAGGGAACUUCGAGAUAUGGUCUCCAGUCUGAAAGUAAUCUAAACAAGUUUGAUAAUGUCUUCCAGUCCAACAAUGAGAACUCUAAUGAUCGCUUCCAGUCCAGCUUUAACACUCAGAACUCAGAAAACCGCUUCCAGUCUAAAAUUAACAGUCAAACCUUAAAUGAUCGCUUCCAGUCCAGUCAAAAUUUCAAUGAACGCUUCCAGUCCAGCUUCAACAGUCCAAACUCCAACAAACGCUUCCAGUCUAAAACUAACAGUCAAACUGCAAAUGAUGGCUUCCAGUCCAGUCAGAACUCCAAUGACCGUUUCCAGUCCAACUUUAACAAUCAGAACUUCGACAACCGCUUCCAGUCUAAACUGGACAGUCAAACCUCAAAUGAUCAAUUCCAGUCUAAUUUUAACAGUCAGAACUCCAACCGCUUCCAGUCUAAAUUGAAUGGUCAAAACUCCAAUGACCGCUUCCAGUCUAGCCUUAACAGUCAGAACACCAACAACCGCUUCCAGUCUAAACUGAACAGCCAAAACUCCAAUGAUCGAUCUGAAUUUACCGUUAACACUCAAGACUUUGACAACCGUGCCCAGUCAAGCCUGAACAGUCAGAAUUCCAAUGACCGCUUCCAGUCAGACCGAGACCAGCAAAUUUUGAGUACUCGUCUCCAGUCCAACCAACAGACUUCCAACACUCGUCUCCAGUCUAACCAACAGACUUCCAACACUCGUUUCCAGUCCAACCAACAGACUUCCAACACUCGUCUCCAGUCUAACCAAGUUUCCAAUGCUCAACUCCAGUCCAACCAACAGACAUCUAAUGCUCGUCUGCAGUCUAAUCAAGUGUCCGAUGCUCGUCUCCAGUCAAACCAACAGAUCUCCAAUGCUCGCCUCCAGUCUAAUCAACAAGUUUCCAGCGCUCGUCUCCAAUCCAACCAACAGGAUUCCAAUGCCCGCCUCCAGUCCAACCUCAAUCAACAAGUUUCUAACAGUCGCUUCCAGUUUGACUCUAACCAACAGAACACCAAGAGUGGUUUCUCACAGACCUCUCAGUCCGAUUCCACUUCUUUCUUCCGAUCUGGAUCAUCCUCCGAGUUUUCUGACGAGGGGGCUUUCGAACCUCUGAACCUCCCAUCAGGCGCCAGUUCCUUGUUGGGAAGCAUCUCGACCUCCUUCAGCUGCACUGGUCUCCCCUACGGAUACUAUGCUGAUCAGGACAACUCAUGCCGUGUCUACCACAUCUGCAAUCCAGCCUACUUUUCUAGUGGUGUUGUGGAAACCUACCAACACAGCUUCAUGUGUGGCGAGGGAACUGUGUUUGACCAGAGGGAGCUGACCUGCGUGGCAGAGUCGACCGCCAUCCCCUGCCAGGAAUCCUCCAACUACUUCUCUCUGGAGCGCUUUAACCCUCCCGAAGACAGUGAAUUCUAA